UUCCCUCUCAGCUAUCUCCUUUCCUUGUGCUACACUUAUGUCCCUGUUGGUUGGAGUACAUAGAAGAGACACAAGUGAGUGGUCUAACUAAUGCUUCUAGGGCUUCAGUAUUUCAGAGAAGGCUUAAAAGGAGAAGAGAAAUGUCCAGUGUAUGCUAAGAAACUGAUAUUUUCUGUCACUGAUUAAGCCAGGAAAGAAGCAAAGAAAAACUUUGUUUUCUACAUAGAAGCCAACUAAGAAAUCUCUGGGUUUCCAUUUUUCAUAUCUUACAUUAUGAUUAAAUUAUUCCGUAUCACUUCAGCUGCUCUUCUAAUCGGCACGCUAACUUUGUCUUAUCAAGGCAUCUCUCAGAAGCCUGGAGGAAGUGGUUUGUCAGGAAAUUGCUCAGAAGCAAAAGAAGAAAAAUUUUCAUGGAAAAUAUAACUUUAAUUGUGUUUGGAAUCGGAAUCAUUGUCAUAAUAAUAAUAAAUGGAUUUCUCUGUUAUCGCAUAAAAAGAUACAAAAAACGGGGUUUUUACCAAGGACACUCAGAUCAACUUUUGCAAACACCUGGGAAGAGUGAACAGGAAAGAGAUCAACUUUUGCGUAUACCUGAUGCAGUAGCAGUAGAAAAUGAAGAACCUUGGAAAGAACUAGGAAAGAGUAAACAGGAAAGAGAUCAAUUUUUGCAGACACCUGAUGCAGUAGUAGUAGAAAAUGAAGUACUUCGGAAUAAACUAGGGGAACUUCAGAAUGAAAUUGGGAAACUUCAGAAUGAAAUUGAUAAGAGGAAGACUCAAUACAAACAUGCCUGGAGGAAUGUACCAUUAUACCCUGAUUGGAGGAAAGAAGAAUUCAAAGCUGUAAAUAUGACCCUGGAUGCAGCCACUGCUCAUCAUGCCCUCCUCCUGUCUGAAGAAGGGAGACGAGUUUUCUGGCAAGAAACGUAUCAAGAAAUUCCCAGCUCCUCUCAGAGAUUCAUUUCCAUUCCCUGUGUGCUGGGUCAAUUGCGCAUCAUCUCAGGGAGAUACUCCUGGGACGUAGAGGUUAAGGGUGCCUGUUCCUGGGACCUAGGAGUUUGUAGGGAUAAUGUAACAAGGAAGGGGAGGGUCACAAUGUCCCCAAAGAAUGGUUUCUGGGCCAUUAGGUUCUAUGAGGGGGAGUAUUGGGCCCUCACCUCCCCAGAAACCCAUCUUACUCUAAGAGAAAAACCCUUUAUUGUGAGGGUAUUUCUAGAUUAUGAGGCUGGAGAUGUAUCUUUCUAUAAUAUGACAGAUGAAUCCCACAUCUUCACCUUUCCCCAGACUACCUUCUGUGGUGUCCUAAGACCACUUUUCAGACUUUGGUCCUCUGAGUCAGGAUCCCUAACCAUCUGUGCAGGUGAAGAAUGUGAGAUGCUGUAAUUCAUAUGUCUACCCCACUCCAUGAGAAAUGAUUACUUUGAUCCCCAAUGAAAAUCACAGUUCUCCCCCAAUGAGAUACAAAUAGAUAUUUUUCUUAUUCCUUACUUGUUCAUUCUCAAGAUGAAGCUCUGGACACAGACUGAUGAUUGCCUCAUAUCAAUUCUCCCUUCUUAUUUAUUUUAUCCUUCUUUAUUUAUUUAUCCUUCUUAAUUUAUCCUUCUUAAAUCUUCUUUAUUUAUCCUUAUUAUUAUACUUUCCUAUGACAGCUAAUAUAAUAUAAAUAUUAGAUUUCCUUAUCUCCUCUACUGAAAGUGAAUAAAUGAUGAUGCUGUAUAUCAGCUGAAUUAUAAGGAUGUGUCCUUAAAGGUAAAUUGUGCCUUUCUAUUCUUCUUUACUUUCUGCUGGCUGUAAUAUAUCAUGAUGGCUAGAACUCAAAAAUUAUAUGACAUGUAAUACGACAUGGAUGGUGGAGAAAUUAAAAUGAACUGGGUUUUUGACAAUUUCAUGGGGCUACUCUAUUACCCAGUCCUAGAAUUCUUUUCUGUGAGACAUAAACUUAUAUCUUUAAUCAACUUAUAUGUUGGAUAUUUGUCACUUGUGAUUCUUCCCCUUACUGAUGCACUCUCCCUUUUAAGUUUGGCAGCAGAUGACACCCACAAUUGAAUAUGCAGGUGAAACUGGAGGUGUAAAGUUCUGUACUUAUCACUUAACUACUCCUACUCCUCCAGUGUGUCAGUCUCAUUAAGCCCCUUUAUUUCUUCUAAUUCAUCAGUCACUCCUGACUUCAUACCCUUUCCUAUUUAUGUAUCGUGGCUAAUAAUUUCAAGUAUGUUCUUAUUAAUAAAUAAAACUCUUGUUGUCACUGUCCUGUCACAUCAACCUGGAAAAAUUCCAAAUAUGAAUUGAUCUAAUUGUCCACUUCUCAUGUUGGCAAUUUAUUGUGCAAUAACAAUUCAUGCAAAUGAGUAGAUUGCUUUCCUAUACAUGUGUAAUCACCGAUCAACUCUUGCACACUAGUAUUAUCUGGUAAUGCUCCUAUGCAUCUCUGCUGCUGCUGCUGCUAAGUCGCUUCAGUCGUGUCCAACUCUGCGUGA